UUAGUCUAAGUUUCUUGGGGUUUCUUAUUAUAUAAGAUAGAUCCUACCUCUAUGGCUUUCACCCAUCCUACUGUGGAAACCCAGGCUGUAAAUUUUUUAUAACCCAAACUCCAGUGUCCCCCUCUCUGUGCUCUAUUUCCACUACUUGCUCUCAGCUCUCCCACCCUGGGCUUCUCUGCCUGGAUAGCCGGUUUUGGAAACACUCUGCCUGUUCAACUUCUGAACCCUCCCUUGGACACACAUUAGGUAUUACAACUUCCUCAGCUUCAGGCACUGUGACUGUUGAAAGGAGAUUGGAAGAGAUGUCUCUCCAUGUGAGCCUUGAAGCUGAGUUAGGGCAGAGAGAAGUUGAUGAGGCAUAUGUUGUCUAAGAGGCUGGAGGUGGGCUAUGGGGGGGUGCAUGGGUCAUGGUAUCCAGUUAGGAAUGGGUGGAACCCAGGGAAGACAGAAAGUGGUUUGAGAUGGAGCAUCCUGUGGGGGAGAAGGGGAACAGGAGGACAGGAGCGUGGACAGUGUGGAACACUCAGGUUGCUUCUCUGGAGUGGAGGGGCACAGCACCAGGCUUUAGAUGUUCCUCCUUGUAGAACAGCAGAUUUUCAGGAUGUGCACCAUGAAACAUGCCCAAGGUAGCAGAGGUGAGCCCUAGAGGCAGGUGAACAGAGACCCUCCACCUCCUUCGCCCAGAGUGUAGCUUCACUGGAGAGCAAGCUUUGAGUAUCUGAAGGCAGGGGCUGUGAUUAUUCAUCCUGUGUUCCCAGAGCCUGGUGCUGAGUCUGGUGUUUCAUAGGCUCUUUGGACUCUCAAGUGAAUAAAAGAACAGAGGGAAGGAAGGAAGAAGGAUGGUUCAACAGUACAACUUGAUAAUGAGCUGGAAACUCCAGAUGAGUAUUGAUCAGCUCCUUUCCAGGGUCAGGUAAUUGGGGCUCAUCCUCCUCUGCACUAGUGAUUUUCAUGGGCAGGGGAUGGGGGGUCACCAGUCAUAAGAAAACUCCCUCUUCUGGUCUCCUCUGACUUUGCUGGGUUAGAGAAACUAAGCCAGAGUUCAACAAAAUCUCAGUCCAGAUAGACGAGACAGAAGAAAUCAGAUUCAAGAAGAGGACCUUAUUUAAAGGAAAGUUGCUCUGUUGUCUGAGACUUUUUGUCCUGCCCACAUCUAGUCUCUGAAGUAAAUGCAUCUUGUUCACUGGCUCAUUAGAUUUCAAGCGCAAGUCUUGGUCUGUAAAGUGUGCAAACUUAGAUUUUUCUUAAUGGGUGCACAUUUUUUAGUAGGAUGAAGCCAGGGGAGCCCAGUGACCUCCACAGGCUCUUCAGAAUCUUGGGCGUUACCAGAUACACAGGGCCCUUGAGCUUGUUAGACAAAGGCUGAUACAAAACAAGUGCAUCAAGACAGAAUUUAAAAACAGCAGAUUAACUAAUAGUAACCCAAAGACCAAUGCGUCUGUAACCACAUUUUUGUUUAUUUUUUAGUGUGUUUCCUUCAUGGUCUUUCUUGUGGCUCACCCUAUGCAGUUUGUGUACUUGUUGAGAGCUUUUUUUUUUUUAAUCUGUCUCUGACAUUGUUUCUGCUGAACUCAGUUUUUCCGAGACCCUCUCUCCUCAUAGGCUCAGUUUUGGCCUGCCAGCCACAGUCCUCCAGUUUCCGUGGUAGAAGAGGCCUAGGCUGCUUCCUGUGGGCCCCCCGCUGGGCAGAAGCAUGCAGUGGUAUCUCCUCCUGAUUUGGGCACAGGGGCUGAGGCAGGCUCCCCUCCCCACCUCAGGAGCCGUGUCAGGCAGGAUAGUAACAAUGGGGAACGUUUCUGCAGAGGAAGGUGGCUCUGUCACCUUGCAAUGUCGCCUCUCCUCUACCACUGCCAAAGUGACACAGGUCAACUGGGAGCAGCAGGACAAACUUCUGGCCGUUCAUCAUGCUAACCUGGGGUGGUACCUCUGCCCAGCCUUCAGGGAGCGAGUGGUCCCUGGCCCCAACCUGGGCCUCACCCUGCAGUCGCUGACCAGGAAUGAUACAGGGGAAUACUUUUGUACCUAUCACACCUACCCCGAUGGGAUAUACAGAGGGACACUCUUUCUGGAGGUCCUACAAAGCUCAGUGGCUGAGCGCAGCGCUGGGUUCCAGAUCCCACUGCUUGGAGCCAUGGCCAUAGUGCUGGCAGUCAUCUGCAUGGCAGUCAUCGUGGUGGUCACAUUGACCAGAAAGUUUGUUUGUUUUCAGAAGAAAUCUCUCAGAGCCCAUUCUUCGGAAAGUGGCCUCAGGAGAAUGCCUCGUGAACAGGAGGGAUGGAGUGCCGGCGUUCUGUCAUCUGCUGGAAGCUGCAUCCAGGCAGAGGCUGUGCCCGUGGUCUUCUGCACAGAGCGGAGGGGAGAUGACUGUGCCGAGCCACAUGAAUACUUCAACGUCUUGAGUUACAGGAGCCUUGGAAGCUUCAGCUUCCCAGAAGAGACCAGUUAGCUCCCAGAGGCAUCGUCUGGGAGAUACACUCCUGUCUCUGCUAUUACAGGUAUGUACUUAGGAGCAACGAGCCCAAAUCUGUCCGGAGUGCUGAGUCCUUUGGAAGACAGACAGAUGCAUGUCAAAUGCUGUUCUGGGCCAUGGCAGCCCAGCACAUUCUUCUUGCCGAACUAGUGCAAACGGCUUGGGAGUAGAAUACCAUUCACGAAUUGGAAAUGAAC